UAGCUCUCUUUACGGGACGGUUCUAUAUCCACGUCCAAUGGGGAAACACUGAUUUGUGUUUAAAAGGUGAGUGAAGCCGGUGAUUUCAGUGGAAGCCCCUUUCUCCAUCCCUUAGCAUCUGAUUAAAGUUUGGCUGGUUGGCUAAUGGCUUAUAUCCUCGACCUAUCGCGAAAAAGAAAAGGUGAUGAUGAUUGUAGAGAGCUAACACUCGGAGAAGUUACUCGUAUCCGAAGAGGGAAAGUUAUGCCGAUUCAUCUACUUUUUGAAUGUGCCACCGGAUAUGCCCUUGUUCUUGCCCGUGGAAUCACUGAAGUUGGGAUGAACAAAUUUGAAUCAGUUGAGGAGUACCUCAACCAAUCAGAGCAGCCCUUUGAGCUUGAAUCUUAUCUACCAUUUUCAUCGGUCGAGAAUGCCCUAAUUCAAAUGAAUGCUAUUUCCAAGUCACUCGUGACUGAUCAGUUACAGAAAUUUCUCGAGGAUGCUCUUCCACAACCAAAAACGGGAGGAAGUAUGUAUACCGUUGGAGUUGGUGAUUCAAUGCUGGGAGCAAUGAUUAUAAGGAAAACAGGACUAUGUGUUCGAAGUGCUAGACUGAUUAGUGAUGUCAUGCGUGGCUUGCGGAUGAAAAUUGAUCAACUGAUAGGCUUGGGGCAUGGUGAAUUGGAAAGGGCUCAAUUUAAUCUGGCGCGCCUUUACAACCGGACGUGUACUCAAAAAGUCAUCAAAAGGCCGAUCUUGGUUUCAUCAUUUUCUUCGUUAAAAAAACAAAUUGGGGUUGUGCCAUUUAGAUUUGAAGGUGUUUUCAAAACCAAGGGUAAAGACAACAUGUUGUGCACCAAAAAUUUAGUACCCGGCGAAGCUCUUUAUGGUGAAGAAUUAAUGCGUGUUCAGAAUGAGGGGGACAUAACUGAAGUCGAGUACAGAGUGUGGAAUCCCCUCAGAUCGAAAUUAAGUGCCGCAAUCAUGUAUGGUGUUACGAACAUAUGGAUUAAACCCGGCUCUCGUGUUUUAUACUUGGGAAAUGUAUGUGGACUUACGGUUUCUAAUCUGUCCGAUCUUGUUGGUUCGGAUGGUAUGGUCUAUGUAGUGGGGAAUAUUGAUGAUGUUGUAGGCAUGGCCGGGACGAGGCCCAAUGUUGUGACAAUUAUAGAAAAAUUCUGGAAUCAUGGGAAUUACCGCAUGCUUGUUAGUACGGUUGAUGUGAUCUUUGCUGAGACUGAUCGUCAUCUGGAUGAGUAUGUUGCAGAGACGCUAUUUAUGGUUAAUAAUGUUCGUUUCUAUCUUAGAGCUGGUGGGCAUUACAUGAUCUCUACACGGGCGAACAACCUCAAUUCGACUGGUCAAGUUAAAGAUGUUUUUACUAUUCAUUUCCAACGAAAGGAAUUUAAGCAAAUUGAAACAAUCAUGCUGAAUUUGAUGGAGGGAGCAUGUUCCUUGGUUGUUGGUAGUUAUCGCUUACUUGAUGAUUAAAUGCAUGUUCAAAGGGAUCCAACCUUGGAUGGAAUGGCUCCUCUUUGUAGACUUGUCUGGUGUUUGGUUGUUUUUAUAUUCAAUUUGAAGUAAUCUGAAUCCUUUUCAAAAUUAGGUUUAAUUUUGUAUUAAUCUAAUACUACUGUGGUAGUUAUAAAUAUGAUAUUCAGUAAUUUGAUCAUCAUCACAUUUUGUUUUC